AAUGCAUAUUCUACUCAAGCCUUAUCAUCUCCUUCGUUUCUCUGUCCCUCUUCAAUCUCCUUCGCAUAAAUACCCUUCUCUCCCUUCCUAGCUCUCUCUUGCUCUUUCCUCUCUCACUCCUCUUCCUUCACCACAACUCUCUCUCCCUCAAUUUGAUAGCUUUCUUGGGACUUCAUCAAUGGCUGCGAAAAGGUUCUUCGGCGAAACCGGUUCCGACGCCGACCUGCCAUCUGAAAAACGGAUGCGAGCUCGACCUUCUUUCGCUUCUGUGAUAGGAGAAGUGGUGAUGGUGAACUCCUUGAAGCACCUCUGCUCGGGUUUGGAGCCGAUGCUUCGUAGAGUGGUGAAUGAAGAGGUGGAGCGCAGCCUUGCCCGACGCACACGCACGCUUACACGAGUUCCCUCGCUCCGAAUCCAAGCACUAGAACCCUCGAGCCUCGAGUUGAGGUUCAGCAAAAGUCUCACGCUGCCCAUUUUCACCGGAAGCAAAAUAGUAGAUGUGGAAGGUUCUCAGCUCCAGAUCAUAAUCGUUGACACGAGAGGCGAGCAAGCUGUCCCUCCCACUCUUCCUAGCCCGAUCAAAGUCGAGAUCGUGGUCCUCGACGGCGAUUUUCCGCCAGGAGACCGCACUAAUUGGACGAGCGAUGAAUUUGAUCGGAACAUCGUUAGGGAGAGGCAAGGGAAGAGGCCUUUGCUCGCCGGAGAGCUGAGCGUGACCAUGAGGAACAAUGGGGUGGCUGCCAUUGGGGAAAUCGAGCUGACCGAUAAUUCGAGCUGGAUUAGGAGCAGGAGGUUCAAGCUCGGCGCUAGGGUUUCUACGGGGAGCUACCAAGGCAUUAGGAUACGCGAGGCCAUGACCGAGGCAUUCAUCGUCAAAGAUCACCGAGGAGAAUUGUACAAGAAGCAUUAUCCACCGCAAUUGGGAGAUGAAGUGUGGCGUCUAGAGAAAAUUGGGAAAGAGGGAGCGUUUCACAAGAAGCUUGGUGAAGAAGGGAUUAACACAGUCCAAGAUUUCUUGAAGCUGUCUGUUGUGGACCCAAUGAAGCUUAGAAGGAUAUUGGGACCUGGGAUGUCUGAGAAGAUCUGGGAUGCAACCAUAAAGCAUGCAAGGACCUGUGAGAAGGGCAACAAGCACUACAUUUACCAAGGGACCAACUUCAGCAUCACCCUGAAUCCAAUCUGUCAAGUGGAAAGGGCAGAGGUUAGUGGGCAGGUCUACACCCACAAGGACCUCUCAAAUAACAUUAUCAGGCCCUAUAUUGAGAGUUUGGUCAGACAAGCUUACUUUAAUUGGACCGCAUUGGAAGAGACUGAGGUUCCUUACUACCCUGAAGCAGCUCAACUAACACUAGGUGAGGUGGAAGAUCAGUACCCCACACACUAUCUCCUGACAGAUAAAGCUUUCGAGGAGUACCUGCCGAACAAUCAUGCACAGAUUGGGGCUGGUAAUGAUUGGCAGAUAACCUCACCAUUUGUGGCCGCCCCAUUUGAGCAUGCUAUCAGGUACAGCAUCCCAGAGACAUCGUCCUCAUCUGAUGGUAACAGUCUUGCACCCCCAAGGUCUUUCAUGGAUGGGAGGUGAAUUAGGGUUCGAUUGAUGCACUGAAGUCUGGUGUAUAUAGUCAAAUCGUGUAAUGGGGGGGAAACGCCAUGUGAGGCAAGCAGUUGCAGCUAGAGCAAUGGCAUACAGGAAUGUCUUUCCCCCCUUUUUGUUUUGUCAAUUUUAGGCAUAGGAUACUGCUUUUGCUAGAAGUUAGGGAAACUCAAUUUGCUCCAGCUUUGAAUAAGUCAAUGUCAAAUAGAGUGAUUGUUAAUUUCAAGCAGCUGGUUUACAUUCUCUUUUACCCUGAAGCUGAUCAGCAACAGAUGUAUCUUCAUUGCUAAUGCUAUAUCCAUGUGAUCUCGAAUAGAUUCGCUGUCUUUUCGUUA